UAAGCUGGGUAGCCAAUCCAACGCGAGCGAGUCUCGGUUUGCAAGAAUCGCUGUAAAGGGAAGAGCUGACCACAUAAAAGAACCCACGAACCUCAAUCGGCACACAGUGAAGUCAAGAGAAACGUUUGAAACUGACAAGCACAGAGGAGUACCACCCGAGAAGCAAGAUGAUCGUGAACGCAAGAAUCCUGUGUCUCAGCGCCGUCAUGGUCUGCAUGGCGGUGCAAGUUAUGGCCGUUCCUUUGGGCGUGGCGUCACCAGGCUUGGCUGUUCCCAAGUGCCCGGAGGCUACCAACUACGGCUUUCUUAUCUUUGCACGACUAAGAAACCCGUGCAAGUACUUGUGCCAAGGAUAUCCCAUUCGCUUUGAAGCUGAAGACAAUGGAACACCAUGCUCGACGAAAAAGGUAUUCAAUGGCGAAUGCCUGAACGGCAAGUGCAUCGCAGUGCUGCCACCACCCCCACCACCACCUGCCCCUGCGCCCGCGCCUGAGCCAGCGCCUGCUCCAGCGCCUGCACCUGAGCCCGCUCCAGCUCCCGCGCCAGAACCGGCACCUGCUCCCGCACCCGAGCCUGAGCCUGCCGCAGCACCUGAAGCAGCCGCGGAAGAACCUGCAGCAGCUGAAGAAUCUGCUCCUGCACCUGUCGAAGAGCAGCCCGCCGCCGAACCCGCUGCCCCAGCGCAAGAGGCCGACCAAGCGGCUGAGGCAGGAGCACCUGAACAAGCAGCUGAAGAGCCCGCCGCCCAAGAGCCUGCUGAGGACGCCGCCGCGGAAGAGGCCACCGCUGACGAGCCCGCCGCCGAAGAGCCUGUCGCUGAAGCCGCCGCUGCCGAAGAGGCAGCCGCCGAAGAGCCUGCUGCUGAAGAAACCGCCGCUGAACAGGAUGCCGCUGAAGUAGCCGAUGCAGAAGAGCCCGCGGAAGAGGAGCAAGCCGCUGAAAACGCUGCUGAGGAGCCUGCGCUGGAGAAUGAUCAGGAAGCUGUUGAAGAAGCUGCUGCAGAUGCUGCUGAACAAGCCGCCGAAGACGCUGCUGAACAAGAUGAGCAGCAGCCAGCUGAAGACACGGCGGAGGCCGAACAGCCCUCCGAGGCUGCUGACCAGGCAGAAGAGGCUGGUCCUGAGGUAGCUGCCGAUGACGCUGCAGAAGAAGGAAGUGAAGCUGACGCCGGCGAGGCUGAAGCGUAAACAACCCAUGUUGUUUAGACCAAUAAAGUAACAAAUUU